GAUUUAACAACCAUCAGCAAACGUCCUUGCGCGCGCGGAGUAGGAAACUGGCAUAAUAAAACGUAAUCAAUGUUGUUGGACGUAUGCGAGCUGACUCAGAUUAUUCCUAUCAAUUGUAAACAUAACGAAACACGACAUCUUCUAAAUCAGUACUGCGUAGAGCUAGCAAUAUGACGGACGCGCGCGAACUGUUUCUAAGAAAUAUCUUGGAAGAAAUAGCCGUAAAACAAAAAUAUGAAGACCCUGACAUACAAACGUCAGCUAUACCAACCACCGGCUCCAAUUUCACCUCCCAACUCUUCUACGCUUCUAUCAAAUCGGCAGGAAAACAAGAUCUUAACGUAUUCGCAAAAGUCGCCGUCGUCGCGGAAAAACUCCGAGAAGAACUAAAAGCGACCUUGUUCGACAUCGAAAGACACUUUUACACGAAGCUAACGAAGACGUACAAAGAAAUAGAAGACGAGCACAACAUCUCAGAAGAACACAGACUCGUCAUUCCCAAGUAUUACGGAGGCAGCGACACGUAUUUGAAAGAGGUGGUGGUACUGCAGGACUUGUCCAAACAUGGUUUCAUAACAUACGAUAGGUUUAAGUCCAUUGAUUGGGAAUACGCAUCGGCAGCAGUUGAGGAGUUGGCGAAACUCCACGCGUUGUCCAUAGCAUAUUGGAAGGCAUAUCCAGAAGAUUACGAAGAAGCUAAGAAAAUUUUGAGAAGACAAAUGAUGGACGAGGAUACACCUGUUACAGCCAUGAUGAAACAUAUGCUGAACAAUACGAUACUAACGGUUCGUGAGGAGAACAGGGCAAAGGUAGAGAAGCUAUGCUUAGAGACGUUUAAUUUCGAGAAGUUCAAGAAGUUCUAUGAACCGACAGAAAGGCCAGUCAUCAUACACAGUGACUUCAGACAGAGCAACCUGAUGCAUAAAAUAGACAAGGACGGCAAAGUCCAAGUAGUGAUUGUGGACUACCAGACCUUACAUCCAGGACCUGCAACCAACGACUUGCUGUACUUCAUCUUCACGGGGUCAGACGGAGCGUUCCGCGCCAAGUACUUCGAUCAGCUUAUUGACCACUACUACGAGCAUAUGGCCGCUGCGUUACGGAGGCUGCACUUGGACCCUGAGGAGGCUUUCCCGAGGGACGUCUUUGAUCAGGAGUUGAAAGAGAUGAUGCCUUUUGGCCUGUUCAUCGCGGGCAUGUUGCUGCCGAUGAUCACCAUAGACACGGCAGACGUGAGCAAAGAUGGCGGCGCGUUUGAGAACGCGAGCUUCGAGACUAUGGCCGAGAUGAUGGGCAAGAGCAACGACUUGAGCACACGAAGGCUGAAUGAAGUUGUGGACGACUAUGUCAAGUGGGGGAUAAUAUAGAAAUAACUUUUGAACCAAUCAUUUCAAUGUUUUGAACUUCAUUAAAUCCAGACACCCUGCAGGCUACAUAACAGACGCGUAGAGGCAUGGAACAGAAGCAUGAAGCUCUUCUUCAAGAAAGGUGAUAAGACCUUGCUGAAGAAUUACAGACCCAUCUCGCUUCUGAGUCAUGUCUACAAGCUGUUUUCGAGAGUCAUCACGAACCGUCUCGCGCGUAGGUUCGAUGACAUCCAGUAUCCCGAACAAGCCGGAUUCCGAAAAGGUUAUAGUACCUAGUCGUUCAACCAUCGGUUGUAGUACCAUCGCCCGACUAAAAAGUUUGUUCGGCUUCCUCAGAAAGGUAGCAGGAAGGCGCUGGAUGCAAGCCGCUACCAACUGGUCAGUCUGGAAAUCAAUGGGGGAGGCCUAUGUCCAGCAGUGAACGUAGGCUGACAUUAUGAUGAUGAUAUAAAAUUGUAUUUUAUUCGCUUGGAUUGUAUUUUUAUUUCAAGCAAGUUUUAUAGUGUUGACUCGUUGUUUACAAAGCUUGUUUAAAAUAUACAAAAAUCAAAGCGAAAAAUAUACCAAAUGUCCAAAUAAAUUUUCUGUUGCCAUUGGUAGGUAUGUAAUUUGGAACUGAAUUUUUAAGUUUCGAGCUGUGCAAGACAGUGGAUGAUAAAAUAAACUAAUUUUUAGGUAAGCCUAGGCAUUUAUUGUAAAAAAGAAUAAAAUAUUUUAUUAAACCUAAUGUUUAUACGAUUGUAUUUGAUUUCAUUUUGUAUGUCUUCGUAUAUAAUAUUAAACGUAAUUUUUAUUAAAAUCGCUUAAAAAUA